GGUUUCCGGAAGCGGCCAUCUGGAGGCAUUCUAGCUCAGGUCUCAUCUGCGCUGCGGCGGGGCGGGGGAGGCUUCCGGGCGCGCAGGCUGGAAGCCCGCGCCUUGCGCGGCCGCUGCCGCAAUGGAGCGGGACGAGUCAUGGAUCGCCAGCAUGCAAGACACAUCAGCACUUGGAUGCAAGGCCGAGUCCAUCCGGCACCGCGCGGACACAGUGGCCUGGCCGAUCUACUGCUCAUGGCUGGUCGGAUUCUCUCUAUGCAGACAGGUUUCGCGAUGCUGGAGUCAGCAUACGCCCGGCCCAUGAAUUCGGCGAACAUCAUGAUGAAGAAUCUCUUGGAUUUGUUACUCGGAGCUCUUGUCUUCUACCUCUUCGGCUACGAAAUAGCCUUCGGGCGCCAAAGUCAGCUCGACGGGAGCAGUCAUUUUGACUUCGCGCUUUGGUUCCUCCACUUUGCCUACGCGACCACCUCCGCAACAAUCAGCAGCGGGGCACUGGCAGGCCGGGUUGCUUUCAUACCGUACCUGCUGUUGUCGACCAUGAUAACGGGCAUCAUCUACCCAGUGGCCGUUCGGUGGACUUGGGGUGGCGGUUGGUUGAAUGAUUGGGGCUACACUGAUUUUGCGGGUUCCUCGAUUGUGCACUUGGUGGGCGCAGUCAGCGCCUGCGUUGCCGUCUGCAUAUGCGGGCCGCGGAUAGGAAAAUACCCGCAGUUCCGACCCUGGAAAGGAAUUUCGCGAAAGGUGUUCGCCGAGCACAACGAGAAAGAGUACUACGAGAUGCCAUGUGAGGGCGCCGAACGAGCCAUCUAUGCACACAUCAAGGCGGUCAGCAAUCCUGUGCAGCUCCUCUUCGGAAUUUUCCUUCUGAUCACCGGCUUCCUUGCAUUCAAUCCUGCGGCCACUUUUUCCACCAUUAAAGGCAGUGACCUGUUAGGUGCGAGGACCACGGUGGUCACGCUUCUCAUGACCGCUGGUGGCUCACUGGCAUGCUUCGCGGCCUCCUUGGUCCGCACGCGAUCACUGGUCGUGAGCGUUCCAGACCUGACGACUGCCGUGCUGGGCAGCAUGGUGUCGAGCUGUGCAUGCUGCAAUGUUCUGCCGCCGCUGAUAGGGGUGCUGGUGGGCUUCUUGGCCGGCCUGCUGGCGCUCUGGUUCCAGUGGUGGCUCAACGAGCACCAGAUCGACGACGUCGUCGGCGCGGCGGCGGCCCACGGCCCGCCGGCCGUGUGGGGAGUGGUGAGCGUUGCGCUCUGGGCGCGCCCACACUGCCACAGCUCCCUGCGCGGCCUGGCCUUCGGUGGCGGGGCGGAGGCCGUGGAGCUCCUGGGCAUACAGUUCGCGGGCCUCCUGGCGCUCACCGGGUUUGCAACGGUCUCCGUCUACGUGGCCGUGGUUGUCAUCGACGCGGUGUUCGGUUUCCGCUGCAGCCGAGCGUCCGAGCUCAUCGGGCUCGACUUCAUGGCGCACCGCUUCGACGACGGCAGCUUUGGGACCGACCCGAACAAGAUCACUGUGAUCUCCGAAUCGGUGAUGCGCGAGUGCCUGGCACAGCGCGUGGUACGAAAUCUGUCCCCCACGAAGAGCUACGCCUUCCCCAAUUCCCCGUUCAAGAUGUACUCGCAGGACCAUCCUCCCUCGAGUACUCACGGACGGCCAGCGGACAACACGCCGUCGACUUCUCCCGACGAGGCGAACGCGGCUCCGCCCGGUGAGAUUGCGGGUGAGCCGGGGAAAGCACGCCCGCUCGAGAGGCCUCCCUGCAGGAGGCUCCCGACGAGCCCCGUGCCCACCAGCCGAGCGGAGCGCCCGCCGCUGGCGCCCCUGGCGGCCCGCAGGAGGCGCCGGAGGGCGGCGGCGGGGAGCCCUCCGACGAGGAGCUCCGGCGCGAGGUCGCCGCCCUGAGCGCCACGGUGGCGGCUCUGGGCCGGCAGCUGGCCGCCCUCGGCGCGGCCGCGGGCGCCUGCUCGCCCGCGCUGCAGGGCCACGCGGCAGUCGGCGCCUUCGGCGGGGGCCCACCGGCCGACGUGGGCCGCGCGGGCGCGCUGCGCCAGCUGCUGUCCGACGCGGAGGAGACGGCGGCGGCGCAGGCGGGCCGCAGGCUGUCGGGCAGCAGCGGGGGAAGCGCCGAGCAGGCAGGGCGCAGGGUGUGAGCUCCUCGGUCCCCGCCUCGGCCCCCUCUCUCGGCGCAGGCGGGCCGGCGGCACAGCAGGUGGCAGUGGGCUGGGCACGCGUGGAUGGCGCUCUCCUGCAGCUCGCUGCGGCGUGCUCGCUCCAUCCGCGCGCAGACUGGAACUGCAGGGAGGUGCGGAUCGCGACGCCCUACAGUUAUUGGUUCCCGACAGCACCGUCAAAGCAACACUGCCGUGAGCUAGGCUUUGGUCUCCGUCUCGGGGGCGCUGCCUCAUGGCACCUGCUGCAUUGGUCAUGGCCAUGCCGGUCCUGAGCCCCAGGGCUCGGUGUGCAGCAGGCGCGCCAGAUAGGAGCUUCUGCUGCAGGAGAUCCUGGGGCAUAUUCUUCGUCGGUCGUUGACGGUCCUAGGGGUGCCCCAGAGCUUCUGUGGGUCCCUGGGCCAUCGAGGGAUAGAAAAUUCGGCGGGACACUUGCUGGCAGGCCAAUGCCUUGUUUGAGGUGCCUACGAAGCCAGGAGGGUGCAUACACACAUCGUGUGCCCAGGAUGGGCCUAGCCAGGGUCGGUGUAGUAGGUGUAUAGUUGGCGCCCUCCUGCACACUUUACCCUCUCGUUAAUCCCCUUGUCCCUCGCACGCCUCCGUCUCUAUACCUUGUUGGCUCAGCUACGGCUGACGGUCGAGGCGCAGUGGAGUGGUGCCUGACGCAGGCAGAGACGAACGGGCACAGAAAGAGAGGCAGGCACGUGUAUUCUGGUGGCUUCUCUUUUCUCGGGAGCCCUCCCUCUCUCCUUCACUUCGCCGCCUCAUCCUGAUCAUUCCUGCUGCGCUUCCUCUCCCACUCGCCCGCCCCCCUCCUCAGGACUUCUGCCAGGAUGUGCCUGACCUUCCGGGUCAUCGAGGUUUUGUGCACACUGUUCGCGUCCUCGUUCUCCAGGGCCACGCGGCACUGCUCUUGCUCGCCCAUCGCACGCCAGCCUGCCUCUUGCUCUCCGUAUGCCUGACGCUCGGGCCGUCCAUGCCACGGUACGCUUCGCAACCCUAGUGGUAUCACGCAUGCUUGGACUAAGAAUUGCCCUGCGAAGCUCGCGGCAGCAUGAUCUACACCAGACGGGAUGUGGAGCGGGCGUGACUGGACGCCUUCCUCCCCCUCCUCCUCCUCCUCCUCCUCUUCCUCCUCCUCCUCCUCCUCCUCCUCCUCCUCGAGCACACUCCUAAGCGAGACAGACCCUGUGGAGCAGGAAGUCUCAAAGGGCUGGGCGACCCGUGGGGCGGGCGCGGUCGGACACGUUUUUCCUGGGCCCUCUGAGCAUAGUCCAAGCAGCGACUGGACCUGCAGGUCUGUGAAACGGGCGUGCCUGGACACCUGGGUUCCAGCCUUCCAAGCACAAUCCGAGGAGUCGGGCCGUGUGCAGCAGGAAGGCUCAAAGACUGGUUGGUCUGUGGAGCAGGCGCGAUCGGACACACUUCUUCUAGGCUCCCCGAGCACAGGCCAAGCAGAGACUGGACCUGUGGAGCAGGAAGUCUCCCAGAGGGCUGCAGCUAGAGUGCGUGCUUGCUUGAUGUUGUUUCGCUCCAGGUUCAAUUGCCCUCCUCCUCCUCCUCCUCCUCCUCCUCCUCCUCCUCCUCCUCCUCCGUGUCAGUCCCUCUCGUCCUCUCCUAUCUCGCCCUCUCCCUUCGCCCGCUGCCCGAGCCAAGGGCCGUCGCACGUUUGUCAUUGCCUCUAUUAUUGGUUCGUCCCACUUCCACGGGAAAAGAC